CCAAAGGGGUGAAUCGUCUCUCUAUUCCUAAGUCCGUCAUUGUUCGUGGUUCGUUACAAGCGCCAUUUGUUCGUUCAUAGUUUCCUUCAGUGAUGCUCAUUCCAACACAAUUUCGAGCAAUGACUAACUUUUAUUAAAUUUAACGCAUCAGAACGUGUCGGAAUUUUUUAUUACCAUGAAACUUUCUGCAUAUUUGAUACGUUUCUUUGUGAAAAGUUUAUCUCGUUGAUGAAAAUCACUGAUUGCCGCCACUCCCUCCACACCUCUUUAUUCCGGACGUAUUGUCUUGUUAUGAUAGCAGUUCUCUUUUUUGUCUUUCAUCCAAAGACGUUUAUGACUGCACUGUCGAGAUCUGUAACUACUGUCAGUUUCCUAACCUCUUCGCCGACGAAUGCCCUAGUGUUUCGUGUUGUGUUCAAUUAAUAGUGACUUAUAAUCAUAUAACAUGAUGUCGCGGUCAGUGCGUGCAGAGACUCGUAGUCGUGCCAAGGAUGAUAUUAAGCGUGUAAUGCAAGUUGUUGACAAAGUUCGCCAUUGGUAAAUCCCUUAACAUAUUAUAGAUGCACGAGGAAAUGUUGAAAUGUCUUACAAAAAAAAAAAGUAGUAUAACUAUAUUGGAUAUCGGGAAUGGAUUAAAAUUUUUAUUGUUUGUGACAUUUAAUAAAGAUUUUGCAUUACACAUGUCGGCUAUAAACAGACUUCCGUAGCUCUGAAAUGUUUCAUGCGUGUUGAUUGAGUAAUAGUGUUCUAUGUCUGCUUUUUUAAUAACAGUAAAUAAGGUAGCCUUUCUAUCCGUUGAUCCAAUAUCGAUCAGAAGAACGCGCUGUUCAUGCAAAUGCUUUUAUAGGGAAAAAAAAUGGGUUACAAUAGGGGAAACUACCAUGAAGAUAUAUAAGUGGGUGCCUAUAUCGUCGCUCGAUCAGAAGAAGAAGGGAAAGACAGUGUCAGACAAGGAAAAUGGUUUGCCUAGAAAAAGCGGACUGGAUUCUUCGAAUUCUAACUUUGGACUAACGGAAGAUUCUAACACGUGUUUCUCAACAGUUAGCGAUUCCCAAGGAUUAACCGACUUUUCUGCGCAUCUGGGCUUCUCUGAAGAUUCUAAUUCUCAAAAUAGUGAACCAAUGCCUAAAAGGUUAAAGACUGAUUAAAGUUUAUUCUGUGACUGUUGUUUGGAAAAUGAGGUAUUUAGGAAAUCAUUUAUAUCUUGUAUGAAUUUGCACGAGAUAAGAUUAUCUUAGAUCAUAGUUGUGAAUGGUUAGAUCGAAAGUUCUUCAUUUUCUACAUUACCCUAUGUUUAGUAAAAACUUUUACAUAUUGAUGAAAAGAUUAAUUGUACGGAAACAAGUUGAAUUGCGUGUAGUGAAAUUGAGUUUUUUUUAGAACUAAUAACGGUUUCAUAAAAAAUUUAUGUCGAAUGUUCGGUCCGUUUUAAGAUCUGAUUAGAAGAAAAUAAAAUAUAGAUUGAAAUUAUUAUUGGAAACGGAUUGUCCAUUCUAAGCAAUCUUUGUAUCGUCGCAGUAUUAUUUCAUUUUUUAAAUAUAUCUACAUAAUAUUUUUGUAAUACACAACCGUGAAGUAAAUAAAUAUGUUACAUAAUAUAUACAUAUACACGUAACAUUAUUAUUUGCUUCAUAGUUAUAUCUUACAAAAAUGAUUGAAAAAACAUUUGCGCAUUAUAAUCUUGACAAUGUAUGAUAGAUAAUAGUACAUUUAUUUUUACUGUAAAAUAGUAUCUCAAAUGCCCUUAUUUGUAUUGUUCCAUUUCAAUGUAUUUAUACCUCUAACACGAUCAUACGUUCAAUAAUUAUUUGGUAAUUGAAGAUCAUUGUACAUAUUUCAAAUAUCAUUUCUUGCAAUUUACUACUUUAGGGCAAAUUUGCAUUCCUUCAGAUUAUGUUAUAGCACCGUGACAUGUACAAAAUAAGCUUCAACAUUUACCAAUAAAAUAUUAUUAUUGCGAAUACUUGAAUUGAUGCCUAUAUAAAUAUUCUGGAGGGAAUAAAACGUCCUUUAAUGAAGUUAUAAUUUAACUAUUUUCAUGUGUUCCAGAAUAAUUGUACUCGAGAUUUAUAAUUUUUAUUUGCGUUGGCUUUAAAAUUGAAAAAAGAAAA